CAUGUCGGAUAACCCGGGCCCCUCUCCAACGCUGUCGCACACCAUAUCUCUGCCCGGUCAGUCGCGUCUGCCAACUUCUUCGGUCCCGCUAUCGUCGUUGCCGCCUGCGCUGCCUUCAGCCAAGUCAUCGUCAUCCAUACCUUCGGCUCCGGCUCCAACACCGCUACGGGAUGCCCACGGUCGCGUCCUAAACCCGCGCUCGUGCGUGACCUGCCGAAAGCGCAAGGUCAAAUGCGACAAGUUGCAUCCCUGUUCCAAUUGCGCUCGUGCACACAUCGAGUGUGUCUUUCCCACUCCUGGAAGAGCGCCCCGUAAACCUCGCAAAGUCAGCGACUCACGAGAUGCCGAACUGCUCGAUAGACUGCGCCGUCUCGAGGGCGUUGUCAAAGGCCUCGGUGUAGACAUUGCAAAUCCCGAGUCGUUUCCCGAUCCUCCUCAGCCUGAGUCUCACGUAGAAGCCCGCCCUUCAGAGCGCCCUGAAGUGGCUGGUCCAACGACUGGCAAAUGCCCCGAACCUCCCGAUUCUACACGCUCCAACAAACAUGGCGAAGAAGAUGAGCAGUGGGCGGCANAAAACAGAUACGUAGAUGGAUCCCGUAGUGCCAAUUUCGAAACCAGAUUUGGUCGUCUGGUCAUCAACGAGGGCCGCUCUCGAUACGUGAACAAUUCUUUCUGGGCCAAUCUCAGCAAUGAGGUCGAGGAUUUGAAAGGUAUAAUGAAUCAAGCCACCGACGAUGAGGGCGACGAUUCGUCGCCAGUACAGUCACAGCCUGAUCAGCACCAUGGCUGGAUCUUUAGUUUCAGUUCCCAAAAUGUCGACCUCUUGUCUCUACAUCCCAUCGCUGGCCAGAUUGAAUCGUACUGGAAUGUCUACAAGGAGCGUGUAGACCCUCUGGUCAAAGUUCUCCACAUACCUACCAUCGAGCCCACCAUUUUGGCAUCUGCCUCUCACCUUGCUAAUCUAUCCAAGAGCUUUGAGGCCUUGCUAUUUGCUAUAUACUAUGGUGCUACUACCAGUCUUUCCGAAAAUGAUUGUCUUACUAAAUUGGGCGAGGAGAAAGGCCUUCUCUUGUCGCGCUAUCGAUUCGGUGUCGAGCAAGCUCUUGCAAGGGCAAACUUCCUUACCACAGAAGAAAUGAUGGUUGUACAAGCAAUCGUAAUUUUCUUGAUAUGCUUACGCAGAAACAACGAUGCUCGCGUCAUCUGGACAUUGACUGGUCUUGUUGUCCGAAUUGCGCAGACUCUUGGUGUGCAUCGAGACGGUCUGCAUUUCAAACUUCCACCAUUCGAAAUCGAGAUGCGAAGGCGUCUAUGGUGGCAGAUAUGUAUCCUGGAUGUACGCGCUUCCGAAGAUCAUGGAAGCGAUCCUACCAUUACCUUUGACACAAAGAUGCCGCUCAAUAUCAACGAUGAAGAUAUAUCCCCUGGCAUGACCAAGCUGCCCGAAGAACGUCAAGGCUGCACAGACAUGUCGUUUUGCCUUAUCCGGUUCGAGGUCGCCAACACUUUCCGUCGACUCAACUAUAUUCCGCCUGGUGAACCUAAANAAUGCGGUGAAUUCUUUGCUUCAGUCACACUCGAGGACAAAGAGCGAUGGAUCAAUGAGUGUCACAAGAGACUCGAAGAACGUUAUCUUCGACACGUGGACAUGUCGGUUCCGCUAUAUUGGAUCACCGCUACAGUUGCUCGGCUGAUGAUGAGCAAGAUGUGGCUGAUGAUAAAGGAUGGCGGUAAAAGUCUCUCCGAAGAGACCCGGGAGAAACUGUUCAUCACAAGUCUCGAAAACAUUGAGUAUUCACUGCUCAUGGAAACCGAGUCUCGCACAGAAAAAUGGAGCUGGCUCUUCAAAACGUAUAUGCAGUGGCACGCAUUAGCGUUCCUGCUUGGUGAGCUCUGCCAACGCACUAGUGGUGAUCUGGUUGAUCGAGCGUGGUCUUCGGUCGAGAGGUGUGUCCAAGCCAGUUGGACCGAAACAGCCACCAAGGAAGAAUCGCGCAGCGGUCAUCUAUGGAAACCAUUAAUGAAGCUUCUUGCCAAAGCUCGAAUGGCAAGAUUGCAAGCGAUUCGAAAAAAUGAAGCGAUCAAGCAAGCAACACCGCCAGGAAUGUCUUCAAUCCUUCCUCAACCCCGAAUGGUCAGAGCGCCGCUGAGUGCAGCACAAUUGUCCCGAUUCAUGCGACCUGCUGCGUAUGGUACACAGCCAAUCGACUCGACCGAGCUGAUGAAUUCACCAAAGAGCAUAGAAGCUGUGGUGCUCAGCGAUGAUCCAAUGGACGUAUCACUCCUAGCACCAGAAACAUCAAGGAGCAUAGAUCAAACGACUAUUCCUAUGGACACAUCUGCCAACAACUGUUCGCCACAAGGCUUUACUUCCUUCAACGGCGGAGCACCAUACCAAGGCCCCUCACCCCAAGCAACAACACCAAACAAUUUCCACACCACAAACCACCAGCAAUCUCCCAAUGGCAAUAUCAACAUGAACAUGAAUAUGAACAGCAAUAACCCUACACCACCUGGCUUCUCACCUUUUGACCCUGCAGCAGAUAUAGACUGGCAAAACUGGGAUCAACUGGUGCGUCAAUUUGGACUUGAAGAUAAUGCAGCAGUGCUGGAUCCAACUGCUGGCCAACCUGUCAAUUGGUCUGGCAAUUGGGGCAAUGGGAAUAUCAGUAGUGGUGGUUGGUUC